CCCCCUGGACAUCCUGGAGGAAGUGGUCCCUUCUGAUGGCGCCACAAGCGGGAUCAGGAUAGUUCAGGUUCACGGUGCACGGGGACUCCAGCUCUCAGCAGCCGCCCCCCGCACCAUGAGCUUCCCCGCAUCCAGGAUUUUCUCCCGGUGUGACCUCUUCCCUGAAGAAUUUUCCAUCGUUGUAACUUUGAGAGUUCCCAGUCUUCCACCUAAGAGGAACGAAUACCUGCUGACGGUGGUGGCAGAGGAGAGCGACCUGCUGCUGCUUGGCCUGCGGUUGUCACCUGCCCAGCUGCACUUCCUGUUCCUUCGCGAAGACACGGCCGGCGCCUGGCAGACCCGAGUGUCCUUCCGCAGCCCGGCCCUGGUGGACGGCCGCUGGCACACGCUGGUCCUGGCUGUGUCCGCAGGCGUCUUCUCCCUCACCACGGACUGCAGCCUCCCGGUGGACAUAAUGGCCGAUGUGCCCUUCCCAGCCACCCUGUCGGUGAAAGGAGCUCGAUUCUUCGUCGGCAGCCGGAGGAGAGCCAAAGGCCUGUUCACGGGCCUGGUGAGGCAACUGGUCCUGCUGCCGGGCUCAGACGCCACCCCAAGGCUGUGUCCCAGCAGGAACGCCCCGCUGGCGGUGCUGUCCAUCCCACGGGUCCUGCAGGCUCUCACGGGGAAGCCAGAAGAUAACGAGGUGCUAAAAUAUCCCUAUGAAACCAACAUUCGAGUGACGCUGGGACCCCAGCCACCGUGUACCGAGGUGGAAGACGCCCAGUUCUGGUUUGAUGCCAGCCGGAAGGGCCUGUAUCUGUGUGUUGGCAACGAGUGGGUCUCCGUGUUAGCAGCCAAAGAAAGACUGGACUACGUGGAGGAGCAUCAGAACUUGUCCACCAACUCAGAGACCCUGGGCAUUGAGGUGUUCCGCAUCCCUCAGGUGGGGCUCUUUGUGGCCACAGCCAAUCGCAAAGCCACAUCCGCCGUCUACAAGUGGACCGAAGAGAAGUUCAUCUCAUAUCAGAACAUCCCCACGCACCAAGCACAGGCCUGGAGGCAUUUCACCAUCGGGAAAAAGAUCUUCCUGGCAGUGGCUAAUUUUGAACCAGAUGAGAAGGGUCAGGAGUUCUCUGUCAUUUACAAAUGGAGCCACAGAAAGCUGAAGUUUACCCCAUAUCAGAGCAUUGCCACACACAGCGCCCGAGACUGGGAGGCCUUCGAGGUGGAUGGGGAGCACUUCCUGGCGGUGGCCAACCACCGGGAAGGCGACAACCACAACAUCGACAGUGUCAUCUACAAGUGGAACCCGGCAACCCGGCUCUUCGAGGCCAACCAGACCAUCGCCACCUCCGGCGCCUACGACUGGGAGUUCUUCAGUGUGGGGCCCUACUCGUUCCUGGUGGUGGCCAACACCUUCAACGGCACCUCCACCAAGGUGCACUCGCACCUCUACAUCCGACUCCUGGGCUCCUUCCAGCUCUUCCAGUCCUUCCCGACGUUCGGUGCUGCAGACUGGGAGGUCUUCCAGAUCGGGGAGAGGAUCUUCCUCGCUGUGGCAAACAGUCACAGCUACGAUGUGGAGAUGCAAGUCCAGAAUGAUUCCUAUGUCAUCAACUCUGUCAUCUACGAGCUGAACGUGACCGCGCAGGCCUUUGUCAAGUUCCAGGACAUUCUCACCUGCAGUGCUCUGGACUGGGAGUUUUUCUCGGUGGGAGAAGAUUAUUUCCUGGUGGUGGCCAACUCCUUCGAUGGGCGUACCUUCUCGGUGAACAGUAUUAUUUACAGGUGGCAGGGCUACGAGGGCUUCGUGGCGGUGCACAGCCUCCCCACCGUCGGCUGCAGGGACUGGGAGGCCUUCAGCACCACGGCUGGUGCCUACCUCAUCUACUCCAGCGCCAAGGAGCCCCUCUCCAGGGUCCUGCGGCUGAGGACACGCUGAGGCCGCGGCUGCCCAGCAGCAACUGGGGUGGCCAGGCGGGGCGGGACCCCAGCACCUCCCCCAAGUGACCCUGGACGUCCAGGUGGGCCCAGCCUACGGCAUCCCGGGCCUGGGCAUCAGGCAGGGUGCAGGUGGGGCCAUCUGCGGCCCUGGUUCGGGCAGGGACAUCCAUCCACCUCUGAGUCCUUCUGAGCCACAGCCCCAGUGACGGUCUGGGUCUUGCGGGCAGAGGCCCAGAGCCCCGGCCAGUGCUCGCCCAUCUGAGUGUCAAGCGGGGAUUUCGCUGUCAAGGAACCGUUUCUAUACAUUUUUACCUCAAACAACAGGACCUCGGCUCGUGUCCCUGCGGCUGGCCUCUCGCCAGCCACUCCUGCAGUGUGCGUCCGGCCGCCUGAGCAGGUGUGGUGCCGUCCCGCCAUUGCCGCCACCUAUUUAUUGUGUUUUAUCUGAACGGAAGUGUAUUUAUACUGCUCUUUACAAAAGCACCGGUGCUCCUCUCUAGGCAGCGGGUGGGCACAGCCCCUCACCACGGACACGGACAGAGGACCACCUCCCCACACAGAGAGAGGCUUCCCUCCCAGCCUCAGUUUACCCAUAAAUGCACUAGCGCGAGGUCAGAAAUCACAAGCCUGGGCAUGGCCUGGGUCGCACCCCCUCCCCACGGCCCCACCCACAGGGACCUCAACUUCUGGGCCCGGGAUUUUUUCCCUAUUCAGCAGCAUUUUAAUCACAUGUCCUCCGGCUGACUGGGACUCAGGCUGCGUGCCUCCGUCUGCCUGUGUGCUGGCUGUCCUAGCUCCCUGGUAACAGCAUCCUCUGCUGGCUCUCCUGUGGUCAUCUUGUCUCUGCAGCUGGGAGAGCUGCUUGUCUGUCCGUCACAGGCAGCGAGGAUGAGAGGGGGUGAUGGGCGCAAGGCCCCAGGGCUCCUCCCUCUUAACCCAUGUAGGUGCCAGAGAAACCACCCCCACUCCAUGAGAAGAGGCACAGACAGCAGGCUCCGGGGCCAUGCAGCCCAGACCACACCUGCCACGGUCUUCCAGGAACGGUGCUCCUGCUUCUGCAACACAAAUCGGAACAGGAGCGAUCCUCAGAGAGUUUACAAUGUGCUUUUUCCGCCAAUCAGAACUGUGGACAAAACUUCCUAUUUCCUACACCGCAGCUGUCCGUUCACCUUCAGCUCAGAGAGCACUCCUGACCUUUCGUAAUGAAAUGGAAGCCUCCCCUUGUCUGGCAAAUAAUAAACUCAGUGUCUACUUUU